AUGCCGAUGCCCGGCGUGGACCCGGAGGUCGAUGAGUUCCACGGCCACGUUGCCGCGCAACUCGCUGACCUGAGGGCUAGUGGCGGCAGCGGCGGCGGCGGUGGGGAGGAGGAGGAGGAGUUCCUGUCCAUCGCGGCGUCCGUGCUGCUCGCGCCGCCCGAGGGGGAGAUCCACGAGGGCCAGCUCCGCCGCACGCGGAAGGCGCUCUCGGACCUCUCCGCGCUCCUCGUCGACGACGCCGCCGCCGCCGCGGGCGGUGGCGGCGGGGUCGCGUCGUUCCUCGCCUCCCACCGCAACCGCUCCUUCGGCCGUGCGCGGGCGUCGCCAUCUCACGCCGCGUCGCUCGCCUCCUCAUCCUCGUCCUUCUCGUCGUCGUCGUCCUCCACCCACUUCCGCUCGCUCUCGUGGAGCGUGUCGCGCAACUGGUCGGCGGCUCGGCAGCUGCAGGCCAUCGGGUCCGGCCUGGCCGCGCCGCGCGGGAGCAAGGCCUCGGGCGUCGCCGCGCCGGCCUAUGCCAUGGGAUCCCUGCUCCACCUCGCCGCGUGCGCGCUCGUCGCCGCCGUCCCCUGCCCGGACCGCGGCGGCGCGCUCCAGGCGAGCCACCUCCCCGCCGCGCCGCCGCGCGCGGCGUUCCCCUGGGCGCCGCCGCUCCUCACGCUCCAGGAACGCCUCGCCGUGGAGGGCAAGCGCAAGGAUCGGCGCAAUUCCUGCGGCCUGCUCAGGGAAAUUCACGCGCUGGAGAAGAGCGUGCAGAGGCUCGCCGAGGCAAUCGACGCUGCUCCUGCACCCCUCAUCGCCGUGUCCUCUGGCAUGUGGCAGUGGCAGAAGCUUGCAGGGAUGGCAGUCGAGGUAGAAGCUUGCAGAGAUGGCAUUCGACUGGCUCUAUAG